UUCCCACUUUCGAUAGCGAGGCUGACUUCAUAAACCAUGAAAGCCAAGAGCGACAAGAUUAAAGUGGAAGAAGCAUGAGAAAAUGGAUGAGAUUCAGAAACAGAAACGGGAAACUGAAAAGAAAGUAGGAUUAGGAAUGUGUGAGGUUUGCUGUGGUUCGCAACACCCUCGUGUGAUGGUCCCCAACUUCCUCUCCCCUGAAGAAUGCAAGGAACUGGAAUUCAUACACAAGAGUAGCAGCACUGUUGGCUAUAGACCCAAUGUCUUCUCAACCACUCUCUCCCAUCUCAUUGCCACCAACUCUUCCCACUUCCUCAUUCCCUUCAUUCCCAUCCGAGAAAGGUUGAAAGACAAGCUAGAGGAGUUUUUCAACUGUCAAUACGAGCUCUUUGUUGAAUUCACCGCUCUAAUCAGCUGGAGCAGAGGUGCAAGCAUUGGGUGGCAUAGUGAUGAUAACAGACCCUACCUCAAACAGCGGCACUUUGCAGUGGUGUGCUAUUUAAAUAAUUAUGGCAAGGAUUUCAAUGGUGGACUCUUUCGUUUCCAGGAUGGCCAGCCAAUGUCAAUUAUGCCAAUGGCUGGAGAUGUUCUGAUGUAUACUGCUGACCAGCGUAACAUUCAUUCUGUUGAUGAGAUAACUGAUGGAGAAAGACUAACGCUUACUUUAUGGUUCACUCGUGAUGGUUCCCAUGAUGAGGAUGUGAAGCUUGUUUCUCUCCUUUCACAACACCUAUUACAUAAGGACAUGGCUGCAUCGUAUCUUCCUCUGCCUGCAUCCUGUGAUAUGUAUUGUUUUUCGCAGGAUCAAGCUUCCAAUGACCAGUUUGGCUUUAAUAUAUGUUGGGCCAGACUUCAUAUUCUUGGAUAUGGCAUUUCUAUAUCCGAAGACGGUGCCUGUGACUCAGAUGUCUCUGAAUUACUGGUGAAGCCAGUGCAGUUAGUAAGAGGAGAUGAGUUGUUAGACCAUGAAUUUGUCAAUAUUUUGCAUGCACUUCAGGUCAUCCAUUUCUAUUGUUGGCAAGGAUCUGCCUUAAAGACCAAGGCAUUGAAUGUGCACACGAACGUGCUAAAACUUUCAGAUAAGGACAAGGAGAAAAUCAACUGUCUGAAGUCUGUACUUUUGAAUGAUGAAGAUUUGGUAUUGAAGGUUUUCGGGAGUAUGCCUUUGGAAGAAAAUGGAGGCAUUUGCUUUGACUGGACAGGAAUUGUGGCUGCAAUUGCUGCUUGGGAAGAUUAUGUGACGAAGUUAAGUAAACAAAUUCAUUUAGAGUUGCCUUAUUGGAGAAUGCAUGAAUCUAUAUAUACGGUGCAACUUGAUGAGUAGUAUACAUGAUCAACCAAUCCAGGAAAAUGCAGCACCUAAACGUUGUGCUUGGGCCUUGGAAUUAGAAAAAGACAAUGAUGAAAAAAGCGGAAGAUAGUUUGUGAAGCCUUGUUUCAUAGCAUUCCGAGUUAAUAUGCUUUUGCGGAAUUUUAUAACGAAGUUUCUUAAAGAGAGAUGAGGAAUUAUACUCAAGUUUAUCCCAGAAAGUAUCAUAGUAUUAAAAUAUUACAAGUACACGAUGGCAACUACUAGUACAUAUACUUUAUGCCUUUGUUGAUAGAAUCCCGGUAGCUCUGGUUUUGGCUGUAAUAUUAUAGCUACUGCAAGCUCAUUAAGACUAUUUUCAAAUUCAUUUCUCUUAUUUUGUUUUACAGAUA